AUGCACCAGCAAGACAUGUCUGAAAGCUCUUCAGGUCAAAACACAAGCAGUCAGGAGAUUCAUCCAUCUAAUUCAUCCUACGCCUCCGAUCUGAGUGAGUCACACACUGGGUCGGCUCUCUUGAGGAACAGAACUUUUUAUUCACGUUCGGAUUCUGGAAUAUCAUCCCUGCUUCCAUCAGAUUCUUUUAAGUACCUUACUUGGCACAAGGUAGAACAAAAUGACAUCCAAGGAAGUCAACUGCGUUGCCCAAGAGUAAGAGAAGGACCCUCUGCGGAAGAGUUGUUCUUCAGACAGGAGUGUACCUUGCCUCCACGGAAAAGAGUCCUUGAAAAAAACAAAUGGGAAACAUGGCUGCAAGAAAACUGGGAGGACUGCACGAAUUUGAACCUUUCAUUUCAGGAUUUGGGGGACCCUUAUCAAGUUGCAAAUUUUAACAGGAUUCUUAGAAGACUAAUUCGAGUUGAAACCCUCUGGUUAGUGGAUAAUUCACUGGUGGAUUUAAGUGCCGCAAGAUUGCCAAGCUGCAGAGUUUUAAAUAUGAACAAAAACCAUCUCACAUCUUUCAAACAAUUGCCAAAGAUACCUCAGAUACAGCAUUUAUCCUUGGCUGAAAACCAUAUUGAGACUCUGGCUGGGCUCUCCAGUUUACGGUGCACGCCAUUGGAAUCCCUUACGCUCAAGAGGAACCCUUGUGAGUUUCACCAAAACUACCGGAAACGAUCCUCCAAUAAGAAGACAGCACAGUUCAAAAGAGAAAGGACUUAA